AUGAUUUCAUAUAAAACUUUAAUAGCAUUAAUAGUGCUUUUUGAUAUAACAUGCUGUUUCAAUUAUCGGAAAGAAUGCAGAAAAAUUUUAAAGAAAGUUGGGUUUCGGCAUCAUUUUCCAUUUUAUAAUGUAAAUUUUUUACUGCAAUUUGAUAACGAAACGGAAUAUAUAAAGCACGUGAAUAGAAUGAUUAAAAUGGAUUGUCAUACUAAAAUGACUUUACCCAAAAAAACUGUUGAUUUAACAUUGGGUACUCAAGAGGAUCUGACAUCUACAAGUCCUGAAGACAAAAAGAUUGACACCCCGAAAAAUAAUAAUGAGAAUUUACCUGAACAUUUUAGUUAUUUAAUUGAAUUUUAUUCAGAAAUCUCUGGAAGAAAUAAUAAUUGUAAGUAA